AUGUCUUCAGCAGAAGCAGGAGUAGCAGCAGGAACAGUAACAGUAGCAGUGGUAGCAGUAGCAGUCAUGGCAACAGCAGCAGUAGCGGUAACAGUAGCAGCAGCAGAAGCAGCAGCAACACAAGCAGCAGCGGCAGUAACCGUAGAAACGGCAGCUGCAGGGGCAGCUGGUGUGCGUGUUGGGUGCUGUGUGCUGCAGCUGGGCCCCUGGCUGGCUGCUGAGGUGCCGUAUCUUGUGGAUACGGGCGUCAUAGUAGCCCAAUAG